AAAGUGAAUUUUGUAUUUGUGUGUAGUGUUAAACAUAAAUUUAGUAAACGAUUAUGUGACACGAUUACGAUCUAUAAUUAAAUAUUCAUUCUAACAAAAUCAAGGUCAAUACCUAACCUUCAACGCUUGCUAUCUCUUUGUUUAGAAGCAUUUGAACUCGCAACACAUUGAGUAGUUUUAUUAUUUCUACAAAGUUAAAUAACAGUAAUGCUAAUUAUAUAAAGUAAGUGUAGUGUGUGCAUUUUGUGUCUGUGAAUAUAGGGCCAGUGCUAAGUCUUUAUUGAACUGUUUUAUCGAUAGAGCAGAGUUAUUUAAUAGUUACAUGAUAAAAUUAUAGAUAUAAUAUAGUACGUCUUUGCGUACUCUGUAGUGACAAUCUAGUGUUUGGAAAACGGCGAAUCGAAAUUUGAUGUUUUAGUAGAUUCUUCAUUUAAAUAAUGCCGGUUCGGCCGCUUCCUCCUGCUUUAGCAGAGAAGGCUCGAUUAGAACUAAACGAAAACCCGAAAGUACUUGAAGAAAGUAUACGUCAUUUAAAGCAAUGGAUCUCAACGCAACCACAUUUAAGAGUCAGAACAGAUGACCAGUGGCUGGCUGCAUUUUUACGUGGUUGUAAAUUUAGACUAGAUCAAACAAAAAUUAAAUUAGAUCUUUAUUUUUCAAUUAGAAGCACGGCCCCGUAUUUAUAUAGCGUUAAAUAUUACGAACCUAAAGUUAUGGAUAUAAUAAACACGGGAGCAACUUUAAUACUACCAAAAACGAAAAACCAAGCUGAUCCACGAGUUAUAUUGUAUAGAAUCGGUAAAAUAGAUCUCAAGCAAUACACCAUAAUAGAUAUCAUGUCGGUCCUCGUCCUUCAAGAACAGAUCUGCUUCAUGGAAGAUGAUAACUUUGUAGUGGCAGGUACAGUCAAUGUUGUAGACCUAGAGGGUGCUAAAUUGGGACACUAUACGCAAACUUCGAUCAAACAAUUAAGGAAUUUAGUUGCUGCUAAUCAGGAUGCGGUGCCAGUUAGAAUUAAGGCAAUACAUUUUUUAAAUGCUCCAUUCUUUUUUGAAACAUUUUUUGGUAUCGUCAGAAGAUUUAUGAAUGAAAAGAGUAAGAAAAGGAUAAUAGUUCAUAACAAGAAUAUGGAAUCUUUUUAUGAACAUGUACCCAGAGAGAUAUUACCUGAAGAAUAUGGGGGAACGGGAGAUAGUAUACAAGAUUGCAUAGACCAUUGGAAGAACAAGAUGCGUGACAACAGCUCGUUUUUUGAAGACGAUCUUAAAUAUGGAAGCGAUGAAUCGAAACGACCAGAAAAAUCAGAUCCAGCAGUCAUUAAUGAUCCGUUCAGAGGCUUAGAACUAGAUUGAAUAUAAAUGUAGUCAGUGUUGCUUAACAAUAAUGUCCAACUUUGGUGGCAGACGGUAUACAAUAUUACGGAGCAGAAAAUACUUCAAAGGUAGCUGGAGAAAACGAUAAUACAUCAAUAUGUUUAUAUUUAAAAAAAGGGUGAUUGUAAAAAUUAUGAUCAAGUUUAAAAUUUUAUGUAUUCUAAAAAGUUACCUUACUAAAGAUGCAAUAAAUAUGUGGCUUGAAUCAUUAUUUAUCAUUGAUUACAUCACGGUAUAUGUAACUUCGUUUAGAAGAUCUUUUUUGUCAAAUCCUAUCCGAAAAUUUCUAUCAAACGUACACUCAUAGUUUUAGGAGACGCCAUUCAUGUAGAAUUAUGUUUAAAGCUAUUUAUAUUCUUCAAGAAAUAGAGUAUAAUGUUUUUUUAGGCAUUGUGUGGUAUCGCAACGCAUUGGUUUGUGACUGAAUAUAACACAUUAGUUAUUAAUAUACCUUAAAGGGUUAGGGUGUCAUUCUUUGCAUAUUGCGAUAGAAAAUGCUAGCAGGCAAAAUUAAAUGUGACUUAAAAUGCUAAUCUCUCAUUUAUAUUAUUAAAACUGAAGCGCUAAAAUGCUACUUUUCGGAAAUGUGGUUUAUUAACUUAACUUUAAACCUCAUUUCCGAAAAGUACAAUUUUGGCGUUUAAGCCUUUCUUGCUUUAUACCGACGAUAUAUAAAUAGCAGUAACCUGCUAUUUCAUCCGCGUUAAAUUUGGAUGUUACAUACUCGUACUUACGACGAGCACAUAAGCGUAUCUCACUAACUAAAUAUAUUAUUCUAAUGCCGCCGACGUAGCUUAAUUGUCGCCUCGUGAUAGUCUCUUCUCGUUCUUCCCCUAGUUUUACAAAGGUUGAUAUUUAUGAUUACUUACUGACAUACUGACUCUUCCAACUGGAAAUCAAAAAUACUAAUUAUCACUAUUUGACGGUAUAAUAUUUUAUAAGUAGAUGGUACCUACCCAUACAG